AUGGCUAUCAAAUCAUCAUUCGAGCCAAAAGAUGCGAGGAUUACGUUUGAAGAAGAAGACUAUCAAUCAGACGAAGAAAAGUAUACCUCAAAUGAUUGGAAUCAGCAGCAACCACGCAAACGAAAGACAGGCACUCAAGCACUAGUGGAAUUUCUAAAUACAACAUGUCCCGAGGAGUUCCAAAAGGAUUCACCCAAACGAGCAUCUGCAUUAUUUUUCAGAAAAAGAAAAUCUGCAUCAACAAGCACUAAUGAAAAGCAGCGUAAAAAUUAUAUUGAAAUCAUUGCGAAUCCUUUCAAUUUCAAGCCCAAGAACAGUAAAUCAUUACCAACAUCGUCGCAUCCCAUAAUACCCAUGAGGAAAGGAACUAUUCUCCCUAAAUGCAAUGUCGCUGGUAUAAAUAAUACCCCAAACAUGCUAGUACCCGCACCACUGCUAUCAAAAGGAGGUGCCAUUGUACAACCAUGCUUACAACCACAACAAAACUUUGGAGAACAACAAGAAGAAGACGAAGAAGAGAUACUGAACGUUUUACCGAGGCCCCAAUCAGCAACAUCAUCAUCAUUAUCAGUGAUAGCAGAGGAACAUGAUAUCAUUGAAAAAGGAUUAAAGCAACGACUCCAUCAUUACAAGGAAUUACAUCUACAAAAGCCCAGUGAUUUGAUAUCAAAGGGUGUUGCUCAGGAGCAUACUAUGGCGCUAGAGGUUGUAUUUUCAAUGGUUAAUGAGCACCAACAGCAAAGUGAGGGAAAAAAAACGAGAAAAUCUAGGACAAGGCAUGUUCAAGUUCAAACUAUGCCUUGUGAUAGCAUUGGAAUGACACAACAAGGAGAUGAAACUUUAAUGCUGGUGCAACAGGAGUUAGAACAAGAGAAGCUUUUGAAUUCAAAACUAGAAGCAACAUUGGAAGAAUUGACUGAUCACUACGAAACUUUAUGUGGAUUGGCCUACAGUAAAUUGCGACAAGUGUGGGAGGAGAAAGUGAAAUGGGAAAAUGCCUGUUUUGAAGCUAAAGAGCGUUGCUGGCAUCAACACCAACAACAAAUCCUAGGAUCAGAAUUAUAA